AUGAGGCAAAAGGUAGUGCUAAUGGCGACGUUUGGACUCGGCUUCUUCACUUGCGCAAUCUCAGUCAUCCGCCUCACAACGCUAAAGAGCUCAUCAACCUCCACCGACGCAACAUACAACACCGUCAUCGCCGGAGUCUGGUCAAUAACAGAGCUAAGCUGUGCCAUAAUCUGCGUCUGCGUCCCGACCCUCCGCCCUCUACUCGGCGGGCAGAGCCCUAGGGUGCGACCACCCUCUUACCUCCGACCCAACAUCGAAGAGAGCGCCGACACAGAGCUCUACACGCAGUCCGACGGCGACGGCGGGGUAACGAGCAAACCAGAGCGAUCACGAGGCGAUUCGUGUGACCACCCGACCAGCGAUCACAGGGAGAUCUAUCACAACUUUGAAGCCGGCGGUGGUGGUCGAGCUCCGCAUCCGCGUAUAGAUCUCAGUGACGUCCCCGGGAUCCUGCCCCCUCCCGCCGUGCACGUCACGCCGUACCAAGAUUCGCCCUCGUACGAAGACUCGCCGCAGCGAGAGACGACGAUACCCCUCACGAGGGUCGAAACCGAGGAAGGCGUACGGUUCCUGUCCGUCGACGCCCCUGAAGGAGAACUGCCUACGCCGCUGAAGCCCCCACCGCGGCGACAUACCUACAGAGGGCCGAGCCCGGAGGAUGGAGGGUACUUUGGCGCUGUUGUAUGGGACGCGUCGGGUCAGCCGCGGCUUCCUAGCGCGUCUCCCGUGGCGUCGAGGAGCAGCUUGGUUCGGGAUAAAGGCGAUUCUGACAGGCCUAGCUAG